AUGUUAAGUCUGAUUACUUCAAGGAACUAUUCAUUCACAAAACCAUUCAUCUCAUCAUCAUCAUUCAAAUCAAAACCAAUCAUUAAAAGAUCAUUCUAUUCAUCCAACAAGAAUCUUAAACCAGUCUCAUUAGCUUUUGAUCAUUUCUUACCAACUGGUGAAUUACAAUCAGAUCAAAUCAUCAAGAAAUCAAUUAUUGAAGAUCCUAUUAUCAUCUUACAUGGUUUAUUCGGUUCACGUCAGAAUUGGAGAACUUUAGCUAAAAGGAUCUCUCAGAAUACCAAUCGUGAAGUAUUUGUUUUAGAUCAAAGGAAUCAUGGUGAAAGUCCUGCUACGAUUGGAAACACAACUUAUGAUGAUUACGCUUCUGAUAUUGAAGCCUUUAUUAAUGAAAACCAACUAAAGAAUGUGAAUUUAAUUGGUCAUUCAAUGGGUGGUAAAGUAGCCAUGACAGUAGCUUUGAAUCCUAAUGGUUCAACUACGAUUAAGAAAUUAAUCGUUGUGGAUAUUUCUCCAAUGAAAGGAAAAAUUUCAGAUGAAUUUAAAACUUAUUUAAAUGGAAUGAAAGAAAUUAAUUUAAGGAAAGUUGGAACGAGAAAAGAAGCAGAUGAAAUUUUAAGUCGAUUUGAAAAAGAAAUCGAGAUUCGUCAAUUCCUUUUAACUAAUUUAAAAAAACUUAAUCAUCAAUAUCAAAUCCAAUUAUCACUAGAAGCUUUAACCCAACAAAUCACAAGUAAUGAAGUAGGAGAUUUUCCAUACGAUCUGACUACUAAUCCAACACCAAUUUCUACAUAUCAAAACCCUACUAUGUUUAUUAAAGGUAAAUCAUCUAAAUAUAUUAAUCGUCAUUCAUUGGAUCCUAUGAAGAAAUUGUUUCCUAAUCAUCAACUUAUCGAAUUUGAUGUUGGUCAUUGGGUUCAUGCUCAAAAACCAAAAGAGUUUCUUGAAAGUGUAACUGAAUUUAUUAAUAAAUCAUCAACUUGA